AUGAUACUCGCGGCUUCGAAGCCUCCUACGCUAGCAGGCAAUGUCGCGACUUCAACCACGCCUCAAAGCCCUGGCAACCUCGAACGUCUCCUCGCAGUCCGCCUCUGCCACGAAAGAUCCGCAAACGAAGCCCGAGACACCAGUAUCCCACUCAAAUGUCCGCCCUCCCUCUGCGGAUCCCGUGUCGGACCGCGCUACCCUCUUCUUGAUACGGCGAACUUUGUGUUCGCAGCUGGGGGAGAAGGGUCGAAACACCCCGGCGCCCAUAGAUCAGUUGCUGCCGCCCUUGACGAGCAGUCUGGUACUCAAAGAUCACCCCGGAUCAAGUCAUGUCGAGCUUCCCGUCAACCUCUGCAUCCAAGUCCGGUCGAAUCAAGUCCCCGAGAUAUAUAUCACUCAUUAUGGCCCUUUCCGGCUCUGUCUCCCGUCCCUGAUGGCGGCCAAAAUAUCCUGGAACAAAUGAGGAACGAGUCCACAUACAGACAGCUAUUGGUACAAGGAGUUUUGGCUGUUUUACUGCCGACAGAGGACUUGGAAAACGACUGUCUGACUAGCCUUGUUGGUCAGAUAUUUUCUGAGAUGAUCCUGGGCGGUGGCAUAGGGGGCAAAGCUUCUGAACCCUGGCUGCUCUGGGACGGUAUCACGAAAAUUGCGGAGGUCAUCAAGACCCGCCUCCCACAGUCAAAGGCACAGGUCCGUGUUCAAAGAUCAAACUCAGAUCUGGGGGGCUCCACUCCGCUUAAUGCUACUGCAAAAGGCAUGAAGCUGUGGGGACUUGGUGGUUCGCUUCAGAAAACGUUUUGGCUCGUGCUUCAAUAUGGCUUCGUCGCUUUUACCGCGGUCCGCUUCUUCUUCAUUACCCUGGCCACGGCAUCCUCGUUGCCUUCUCGUAUUCAGCCUUCGACGAAAAUCAAUGGCUCAAGGUCAGCGAAUGGGUACGAUGACGCGGAUCCAGUCGCGUCGAAACGACAAAUAUCAUCCAAACAACCUAUUCUGACAAUGAAGAUAUGGUCUUGUGCUUCUGAUCUUCUGGAUCUAGAGGCCCGAAUGCCGUGGCUGAACGCCACACUGUCUCUCCUCCAGUGGGCUGCUAUUACCGGGCCUGGGGAAGUCGGUAUCACGGACGGAAUGGUCGAUAAAAUACUCUCCCACGCCAUCCAAACCCACUUGCUGGACCCAACACUCCUCCCGCAAGUCUUGCGCAUCGCACGCGCUGCCCUCUUCCCCAACAACGCUCCUGGACCCCCGCGCCUGAUCCCCUCUCCCACCGAGCAGCUGCUUAUACGUCGUCAAUGCGCCGAGACACUACUGUCGCUCGUGCCAGCCAAAGUGCAAGACGUGUACUUCGGGCCGGGUAUCGAGCGCAGGGUCAGGGAGGUCGAGGAGGCCCUGAAUGUGUUCGACGAUGCGUACUGCAACAAGCAUCUGCUGUACGGGAUCGUGGAGCUGAUUAUUGUGAGGUUGAUGCCGGAGAUGGCUGAGAAGGGCAUCGAGGAGUUGUUAGAGGAGAGGCUGAAUUAG